AUGGCGACCCCCGAGAUCACCGAUGCUCCUGCGGCCACUCCCCCAACCACCAAUGGAGACGCUGUGAACCCAGACGCCGGUGCUCCCGCUCCGGCCCCGACUCCUGCGGACACAGAAACCGAGACUGCACCAGCCCCGACCCCGAAGCCGGUCGACCUGAAUCUCCCGACCUCGGCAGCCGAUGGCCUCAUCCAGAAGCCAUUCCCAAAGCCAUUGAACGAGAGCAAGCCCACGGCGCCCGCAAAGCUCACCGCGGACCAGCAAUCCAAGUAUGAGGCUGUACUCAAGACGGUUACCUCGUGGACCACCGUCCCAACUACAUCAGAGAAGAACGCCUCGACAGCGGAGAUCACAGAUGACGAGCGCAUGUGGUUAACCCGCGAGUGUCUUCUCCGGUACCUGCGCGCAACCAAGUGGAACGUCGCCGAGGCCGAAGCCCGUCUGCAGCGCACUCUUACCUGGCGUCGAGAGUACGGCAUCAAGAAAUUGACGCCGGAGUACAUCUCGAUUGAGAACGAGACGGGCAAGCAGGUGCUCUUGGGUUUUGACAUCAACGGACGACCAUGUCUUUACCUCUUGCCUUCGAACCAGAACACGGAGAAAAGCGAUCGCCAGGUCGAGCACCUUGUCUUCAUGCUGGAGCGGGUCAUCGAUCUCAUGGGCCCAGGCCAGGAGACUCUGGCGCUGAUUGUCAACUUCAACGAGACCAAGUCCGGCCAGAAUGCCACAAUGGGCCAGGCAAAGCAGACCCUGAAUAUCCUGCAGAACCACUACCCAGAGAGGCUUGGCCGUGCUCUGGUGAUCAAUGUGCCUUUCGUCAUCUGGGGUUUCUUCAAAUUGAUCACUCCCUUCAUUGACCCACAGACUCGCCAAAAGCUCAAGUUCAACGAGGACCUGCGCCAGCACGUGCCAGCGAGCCAUCUCAUGAAGUCGGUGGGUGGUGAUGUCGAGUUCCGUUACGACCAUGCGACCUACUGGCUCGCAUUGAACCAGCUGGCCGACCAGCGCCGCGCGGCUUACCACGAACGCUGGGUCCAGGGCGGCAAGCAAAUCGGCGAGUUCGAAAAUUAUCUGAAGGGAGAAGACAUCCCGAGUGUGUCGCAAGGCACAGGUGGUACAAAUGGACAGGCCUAA